AUGGUCAAACUCCAACCAGACAAUUCUCUUGAGGUCACAGGGAUUUUUGCCCGGGACGAGGCGGUCUUUGCACCAAAGUUCGUGAACUGCGAGCCAUCUGGGUGGCUAUGGGCCUACAAUGUCGAUGGUCAUGUUGACGAGGAUGGCUCGCUGCCUUGGCCAUAUGAAGUUGAAGGAGCCAAUAACUUGCCUUUACACCAGAGCAACAAGAGCUCAAGCUUCUCUUCGAGGAAUGUGCUGGACCUGAGUACUCGCGUCUGGCAUGUCGAGCAAACGCAUGGUAAUCCUAUAGGGUUCAUUUCUGAUAACGACUUUGAAGUCAGCACGCAAUACGUAGAAAUGGGGAUACUAUGA